AUGAUGAACUAUAAAAAUAUUAGCACCAUAUCAGAAAUUGAUGAGUCUUUUGAUAAGCAAGCUCUUUAGCAAAAGAAUUAAAGGCUAAUAAAGCAAAUCGAUUCAUAUUUAAAAAAGAGAAUAAAGUCAGAUAAUAAAAGAGGGUUAAGCGAUAAUAAAAUAUAACAACACAAUUUACUGUCCUAAUUAAACAAGAUUGACUUAUUUUAGUCUCAGAUUAACUCAUUCAGCAACCUCAAACUAAAUUCUAAUUCUAAGAUUGGCAUGAGCGAUCAAGACUAGAUUAAUAAGAGUAUAAAUGUUUUUGAAAGUGUCAAUGACUAUUAAAUGUAGUCUAAUAAUCAAAAUCUUCAUGAUAAUAAUGGUAAAUAAAAUAUAAACAGAAAAACUUCAAAAUAAUCGAAGUUUAUUGAUAGUAUCAGAUAGACAAUUAGACAUGAAGAUAAGAGUGAGUUUAACUCAUCAAGAAUCGAAGAUGAUUCUUUUAUUAAUUAAGAUGGAAAAUACUUUAUCCCUCCAUUAAGACUUAUUAAAAAUACUGCUAUAUAGAAUCUAAAAGACAAAAAUCUAAUCCAAUAGUCUAAAAUCAAGCUAUAAAGAAAGAAGAUUUAGCCUAAAAAUCAUCAAAUUGAUGAGGAAAGAUAGACCAGAGAUAAGAUGAUGAUUUCAGUUCAUUUGAAUAAAUUCCAAAAUAACUUAAAUACAAAUAGAAUCAACAUGAUGUAGAAAUCCCCCUUCAAACUAGAAUAGUGCUUUGAGUAGCCAAGCAGCAGAAAAUAUGAAUCAAUAGAAAAUUAAUCAUUUUUAAGGCGUAGAGAUUCUUAGAAAAGCAAUAGUAAUAAGAGUAAAAGUAAAAUAGUUGAUGGCAAUCCUGCUACCUAUAGAUAGUUAAUGAGGGAUGUUUAGAUUCUAAAGACGUAUAGACUUGAUAAUCCAAUAAAGCCCUCUUAAAAAUUAAAGCUUAAAGACAAGGUAUAUUUUCAAUCUAACAAGACUCCAUAAAAUUAAUCGACAAUACAAGAUCAAUAAUUUUCAUCAAGAAUUGGCAGUUUCUAAAAGCAACAGAGAUUUAAAUAUAACGCCUAAUCUGAUUAUUAAAAUACAACGAUUGAUUAGAACUUUGAAAGAUCUCAAUCUGUUUAACCUGAUAAUAAAGACAUUAAUAGCAAGAAAAUUAGGCUAAAUCUUAGAAUAGCUAACAGCAGCAAAGCAAUAUAGUAGUCAUAUUCAGCAAAUGAAAUAAACGAUCCCUCUGAAUUUUCCAAUCUUGACACUUACAACGAUAAGACUCCAGGAAGGGAUGAAAUAGAUAGUGGUAAGUCUCAUAAUGCAUCUAGAAUUGACAUUGACUCAUGGAAUCAAAAUAUGCUAAGCUCUGUAGAUAUGAAGCAGAGCUAUUAUUAAAGCCUAAUAGUAGAUCGGAAGAAUAUCAAGAAAAAUUAGUUUAACAUUUCAACCUAUGAUUAGCCUUUGAAGUCUGACAGAAGCAAUAAAAGUGCAAUCAGAUUGUAAAAUCUUACUGAGUUGUAUAAUUAAAAUAGCAUUAAAAGAAACAAUUAAGAGAGCUAGAGAUCCCUAUUAAUAAAUCCUAACUAUCCAAACUGGAAAAGGUCAUAGUAAUUUUUAAAUGAAUUAGAAUAGAGAACUCUGAGUAAAGAGGUUAGUUUAAACUAGAUUAAUUAGGAAUCAAGAAACAAUGAUUCAAAGAUAGUGAUAUUAUAAAAUAAUAAGACAUUUGAAAGCAUUCCAGAAUUUUAAACCAAGAAAAAAAUGCCUUUGUUUAUUAGAAGAAAUGGCUCUCCAAAUAUAAUAGUUUGA